CCUUCGUAGUUUUACAUGUGUAACACGUGGGCAUUUUUCAAAAGUGUUUUUAGAUUCGUGUAAAUAAAAUUUAUUUCUGUAUAAUAUUUCUUAAAGAAAAAUGUCUAUUCCCGAUAAAGUUUUAAUGAGAAAGAUUAGGAAAAGAGAAAAGAAUAAACUGAAAGUAUUAAAGGAAAGAUCUGACAAGCAAAAUGGUGAAGUUAAAAAUAAAGAUCUUGAGGAGAAUAUCGGUCAAGAUGACGUAGAAGAAAAAGUUGGAACCAAACGUUUGGCAAAACAAGAUGGUCCUGUGAAAAAAAAGAAAAAAGAACUAAAAACGUCUAAAAUUGAGAAUGAACAAGAAGCAAGCCAGGAGCAGAACAAUGACGUUAAUAGUGAUGAAAUAGAUAUCGUGGAAGAAAGUGAUAAUAUACAAUUGAAGAAUAGUAAAGAUGUUGUCGAGGAAAGCUUACCUGGAUCUUCUGUAGGAUUAGAAAUAACAAAAGAUAAUAGUUUUGAGACUUUAAAUGAACGUGUAUGUGAAAAUACCCUUAAAGGAAUAAAAGAUAUGGGUUUUACACAUAUGACUGAGAUACAAGCUAGAUCCAUUCCACCAUUAUUAGAAGGCAGAGAUUUAAUUGGUGCUGCCAAAACAGGAUCAGGAAAGACAUUGGCCUUUUUAAUUCCUGCUGUAGAAUUAAUAUAUAAAUUAAAAUUUAUGCCACGUAACGGUACUGGAUGUAUUAUCAUAUCUCCUACAAGAGAAUUAUCAAUGCAAACAUUCGGUGUUUUAAAAGAAUUAAUGAAAUAUCAUUACCAUACGUAUGGUCUAUUAAUGGGUGGUGCUAACAGACAAACCGAAGCACAAAAACUUUCAAAAGGAAUCAAUAUUAUUGUUGCUACACCAGGCAGAUUAUUAGAUCAUCUUCAAAAUACUCCUGACUUUUUAUAUAAAAAUCUACAAUGUCUUAUCAUCGACGAAGCAGAUCGUAUUUUAGAUAUUGGUUUUGAAGAGGAAUUAAAACAAAUUAUUAAUAUAUUGCCAAAAAGAAGACAAACUAUGUUGUUCAGUGCGACUCAAACUAAGAAAGUAGAAGCAUUGACAAGUUUAGCAUUAAAGAAAGAACCCGUGUAUGUUGGUGUCGAUGACGAAAAAGAAAAGGCAACGGUAGAAGGUUUGGAACAAGGCUAUGUAGUUUGUCCCAGCGAAAAACGUUUCCUACUUUUAUUCACAUUCUUAAAGAAAAAUAGAAAAAGGAAAAUUAUGGUAUUCUUUAGUUCCUGCAUGUCAGUCAAGUAUCAUCACGAACUCUUGAAUUAUAUAGAUCUUCCAGUAUUAAGUAUACACGGAAAGCAAAAACAAACUAAACGGACUACAACAUUUUUUCAAUUUUGCAACGCUUCUUCCGGUAUACUUUUAUGUACAGACGUAGCUGCUAGAGGUCUCGACAUACCCGAUGUCGAUUGGAUCGUGCAAUACGAUCCACCGGAUGAUCCUAAGGAAUAUAUUCAUCGCGUUGGAAGAACGGCACGUGGUGAAGGUAGUAGCGGACACGCUUUAUUAAUUCUACGACCAGAAGAAUUAGGUUUCCUUCGUUAUCUCAAACAAGCUAAAGUUCCGGUCAACGAAUUCGACUUUUCGUGGAACAAAAUCGCGGACAUACAACUACAGCUCGAGAAAUUGAUCUCCAAGAACUACUUCUUAAACAUAUCGGCGAAGGAAGCGUUCAAGGCAUAUGUCAGAGCAUACGAUUCGCAUCAUCUCAAACAGAUAUUUGACGUACAGACAUUGGAUUUGGCGAAGGUUGCCAAAUCUUUUGGAUUUUUAGUUCCACCAGCUGUAGACCUGAAAGUGGGAGCUAGCAAAGAUUCGCGGCCACGAAAAAGGCUCGGCGGGGGCGGUUAUGGUUUCUUCAAGAACAUGAACAAUCCAAAUGCCUCACGACAGUUGCAACGUACCAAGACCUUCCGCCAGGUGGGUAAACGUGGGAAGGACAACCGACAAUUCACGAGAUAAUUUUUAUAUUAUACUUUUUACUUCGUCGGUCUUUUUUUUUUUCUUUUUUUUUUUUUUUUUUUUUUUUUUAAGUCGACCAUACGAAAUUUCCAUUAGAAGAGCGAAAUUGUACAGACGCUUAGGUACACCAUGGUUUUCCAAUUUGUCUUUUAUUACGUAUGUGUCAUCGACUAGACACUCUAUAAAAGGUAAUACUUCUAAGCGCCCAAAAGAAGUUUAUUUCUUUUUUUAAA